AUGCUUCAAGUAUUAUUACUAAUAACAAUGAUCAUGUUAUCAGUUAAGGGUCAAUUUUUGUUGUUGUUUGGUUGGUUUUGUUUUGUAUUUCUUUUUUGCCAGCACUGUGUGGCAUAUGGGAUCUUAGUUCUCCAACCAGGAAUUGAACAUGGGCCCCCUGCAUUGAAAGCACAGAGUCUUAAUAGAGAAGAAAUAAUUGUUCUGGAGAGACUCUAUGAUCUUUUGUUUGAAAGAAAACACACUUGCGUGAAACAAACAGCGAGUAACAUGGGGCCACAUAAGAACAAGCCUGGAUUUAUUAUAUAG